CAAACAAAAGAUGGAUAAGCACUAUCAAGAACUAUAUAUAUAAGGUCUUGACAUUUUUCGGUAAAAUCAUAAAGAGCUCUUUCCUCCCUCAGUUUCAUUCUCUCCGUUCGUCAAGUCCUUAUUCUUUUCAAAUCAUUCAUCAUGGCACCACCCAGAGAUACCGCUUCUGACUCCAACGAUCGUCCUCGCGAACCUUUUGUGUCGCCUUACAUGCCGAAAUAUCCUGACCCAAUGUCCAAUGUUUCCAACUUUAAAAUCAUUGAAUCCACUCUCAGAGAGGGCGAGCAGUUUGCCAACGCCUUUUUCGACACGGCCAAAAAGAUUGAAAUUGCCAAGGCAUUGGAUGAAGUGGGUGUGGAUUACCUUGAAUUGACUUCGCCCGCCGCUUCUGAGCAAUCGUUCAAUGACUGCAAAGCCAUUGCCCAACUGGGAUUGAAAGCCAAGAUUCUGACUCACACUCGAUGCCACAUGGAUGAUGCUCGUUUGGCGGUGGAAACCGGUGUGGACGGUGUGGAUGUGGUUAUUGGAACCUCUAGCUACCUUCGUGAGUUCUCGCAUGGAAAGAACAUGGAAUACAUCAUCAACAAAGCUGUCGAAGUCAUCACCUACAUCAAGAGCCAGGGUCGCGAAGUUCGAUUCUCCACCGAAGAUUCAUUCCGCUCCGAUCUUGUCGAUCUCUUGAGUGUGUACAAGGCCGUGGACAAGAUUGGUGUUGACCGUGUCGGUAUCGCUGAUACCGUCGGUUGCGCCAAUCCUCGCCAAGUGUACGAACUCGUCAAAACCUUGCGCAGUGUCGUCAACUGUGACAUUGAAUGUCAUUUCCACAAUGAUACUGGUUGCGCCAUUGCUAACGCUUAUGCUGCUUUGGAAGCCGGUGCUACUCACAUUGAUACAUCGGUUCUCGGUAUUGGUGAACGUAACGGUAUUACUCCUUUGGGCGGUUUGUUUGCGAGAAUGUAUACUGCCGACAGAGACUAUGUGAUCAACAAAUACAACCUCAAGAAAUUGCGUGAUGUGGAAAACAUUGUGGCCGAUUCCGUCGAGGUUUCUGUUCCUUUCAACAACUACAUCACUGGCUACUGUGCAUUUACUCACAAGGCGGGCAUUCACGCCAAGGCAAUUCUGAAUAAUCCUUCUACUUAUGAAAUCUUGAAGCCGGAAGAUUUCGGUAUGUCUCGAUACGUGUCCAUUGGACAUCGAUUGACGGGAUGGAAUGCCGUCAAGAACCGAAUCGAACAGCUUCAGCUUGACGAUCUCAAUGACGAUGAUGCCAAGGCUGUCACACAAAAGAUCAAGACCUUGGCCGAUAUCCGACCUUUGAGUUUGGACAAUGUCGAUGUCCUGCUGCGACAAUACCAUGAAGCCAAGAAAACCUCCAGUCAUCACGUUGUCCUUCAAAGCAUUCAAAAUCCCGAUCAAUUGGCUCAAGCCCCUCUCACCGCCCCUGCCACCGCAUAGAAAAAAAAAUUACGAAUCUCUCUUUCUACCUAUUUGUCUCUUUUCUUCUUUGCUUUCUUCCAUCAUUUCACGCUUACCCACAUUUUUGAUCUCUUGUACCUUUCAUCAUUCAUCAUUUGUCCUAUAAAUAAUAUCACUGUGGUCUCUUUUUCAUCAUCUCAAGAUGACA